GAGUAUCUCCCCUUGAAGGAAGUGAGUUCAACGUGUGUAUCUCGCACCACGCAGCUUGAUUUUCAGUCGCGAACACAGAUAUGGCAAAGAGAAAACUAGUGGGAGCUCAAGAAGGAGAGAACAAGAAAAAAAGAAAAAAGCAAAGCCCCAAAAUUAAAAAAACACAAAACAUGGCGGAGAAGAUACAAAGUCAAUCAAGUGACAAUGUUGAACGUCCGAAGGCUAAAUGGACAAACAAAACCAGAGUGCUUGUUUUAAGCUCAAGGGGAAUAUCACACAGGUCCCGGCAUCUUAUGGAAGAUUUGAAGAGACUCAUGCCACAUUCUAAAUCAGAAAACAAAAUGGACCGGAAAGACAAGUUGUUUGUUUUGAAUGAGAUGUGUGAAAUGAAAAACUGCAAUAAAUGCAUCUAUUUUGAGGGAAAGAAGAAGCAGGACCUGUACAUGUGGAUCUCUAAUGUGCCGAGAGGACCAUCAGCUAAAUUUUUGGUUGAAAAUGUUCAUACUAUGCUGGAGCUGAAAAUGACAGGAAACAGCUUAAAAGGUUCUAGGCCUAUUCUAUCCUUUGACAAGGCUUUUGACAGGGCUGCACAUCACACAUUGCUGAAAGAGCUGUUUAUACAGAUAUUUGGAACACCAGCAUAUCACCCAAAAAGUCAACCAUUUUUUGACCGAGUGAUGUCAUUCAGCAUUGCUGAUGGAAGAAUCUAUAUUCGUAAUUACCAGAUUGUGGAAGAUAAUGCUACUCUUGCAGAGAUGGGUCCUCGAUAUGUGCUAAAUCCAAUUCGCAUUUUUGAGGGUUCAUUUGGUGGCCCUACAUUAUACCAGAAUCCUCAGUAUGUUUCACCAAAUGAGCAUAGAAGGGCUAUUGCCAGGAAGAUAGGCCAGAAGUACAAAGGAAAGCUGGAUCAGAAAAUGGCCCGGGAACUUCGUCCAGACUUGCCAUCCUAUCCAAGUGAUCCUUUGGAUGAUGUUUUUACAACUGCCCAAUCAGAAGAAGCAUCGUAGUGUGAAUUUGUAUGUGUAUGUGAGAGAGAGAGCCAUUUGUGUGCUUGCUUGUCUGCAUGUAUGUAGUAGAUAUACAUGAACAUCUAACUUUUGCUGCCUAAAAGUUCUUGUGAAAUCACUGUCGUAUCAAUAAAAAAAUUAAAGGAUUUUGCAUUGCU